AUGUUCGUUACGCGUUCAAUGGGCUAUUGGCAUUCCACUGAUUUACUUCGUUGGUCAUUUAUAACUCCAGAAAAGUGGUAUUUUCAAGGAUCGAAUGCACCAGCUGCUCAUAAUUAUAAUGAUUCUGUUUUAUAUGUAACUGGAGAUCCUUCUGGUUCUAUGAGUAUUCUUUAUACAGAUAAUCCCAAGAAAGGAGACUGGAAAGCAAUACCAUUAAUCAUAAAUGAUUUACAAGAUCCAGAUUUAUUUAUAGAUGAUGAUGGUAAAGCAUACAUGUUUUGGGGUUCAUCUAAUACAUAUCCUAUUCGAGCAAAGACACUUGAUACAGAAGAUAUGUUUCGUCCCUCUAAAAAAACCUAUGAAUUAUUCAAUUUAGAUGAAAAUAAUCAUGGAUGGGAACGUUUUGGAGAAAAUCAUGGUGACACAGUGCUUAAAGGAUAUAUUGAAGGGCCUUGGUUAACGAAAUAUAAUAAUAUGUACUACAUGCAGUAUGCAGCUCCUGGAACAGAAUUUAAUGUUUAUGGUGAUGGUGUUUAUAUCAGUGAUUCACCUCUUGGACCAUAUCGUUAUGCACCCAAUAAUCCUAUUUCAUAUAAACCAGGUGGAUUUAUGAAUGGAGCUGGACAUGGUAGUACUGUAAUUGGACCUAAAAACAAAUAUUGGCAUUUUGCAUCAAUGGCAGUAUCAAUAAAUGUUAAUUGGGAAAGACGUAUAUGUAUGUUUCCAACUUAUUUUGAUAAAGAUGGACUAAUGUAUACAAAUACUUCUUUUGGUGAUUAUCCACAUUAUGCUCCAGCAGUUGCAGGAAAAAUGGGAGAAUUUACUGGAUGGAUGUUAAUGUCAUAUAAUAAAUCUGUUAAAGCAUCGUCUUACUACGAUAAAUAUAAACCUGAAAAUAUUGUUGAUGAAAAUGUAAAGACAUUUUGGGUAGCAGAAAAAAAUGAUGACAAACAAUGGGUAGAAAUUGAUCUUCUCAAUUUUGGAACAGUCUAUGCUAUUCAAAUUAAUUACCAUGAUUACAAUUCAAACAUCUAUGGCAAAGUUCAAGGAUUGCAUCAUCGUUAUUUUAUAGAAGGUUCUAUUGAUGGAAAGAAUUGGUCACUAUUGGUGGAUAGGAAAAAUGAUUACAAGGAUGUACCUAAUGAUUAUGUUGAACUUGACUUUCCUCAAAUGGUCAGAUAUAUUCGUUACAAAAAUAUUCAUGUACCUACUGCAAAACUUUCUAUUUCUGAUUUACGGAUUUUUGGUCGUGGCCAUGGUAAAGUUCCGGCUAAGAUCAAAAAUUUAGUUGUAAAUAGAUAUAAGGAUCGACGAGAUGCUAUGAUUACAUGGGAUCAACAACAGGAUUGUCACGGUUAUAAUGUCCUUUGGGGAAUUGCUCCAGACAAAUUGUACAAUUCGUGGAUGGUUUACGAUAAAAAUUUCCUAGAACUGAAAAGUUUAACAGUAGAUCAAAAUUAUUAUUUUUCGGUAGAAGCUUUUAAUGAAAAUGGCAUUUCAGAACGAACAAUGAUUGUGAGAAGCAAAUAG